AUGACUGCUUCAGACUGGACAGAGAGCUCGCUCGAGCCUCGUGCUGAACGACAGCAUGUUUUCAUCGGGGUGAUGGGGGUGACAGGGGCGGGAAAAAGCACAUUCAUCAAGACGGUGACGGGCAACGACGACAUCGUGGUCGGGCAUGAUCUCAGAUCUUGCACGACAGAGGUGAUGCCGUACACGUUCGAGCACGAGGCAGUCACAGUCACACUCAUUGAUACACCAGGAUUCAACGACACUACCCGUGGGGAAACGGAGGUGUUGCGAGACAUUGCCGAAUGGCUCGAUAUCACAUACAGAAACCCCCCGUCCAUCAGAUUGUCCGGGAUCAUUUACAUGCAGUCGAUCAGCGAUAACAGGAUGUAUGGUUCAUCACUGAGGAAUCUGAAGAUGUUCCGAGAUCUUUGCGGAGAGAAUCCGAUGAAGAACGUGAUUUUCGCCACCACUGGCUGGAGGCUCGCUAAGGAAGGCGGACAAUAUGAGCGAGCUGUGGAGAGAGAGACGCAACUGUGUACAGAGCGGCUGUUCUGGGAACCGAUGAUUCGGUUCGGAGCAGGCACAGCUCGGUUUGAAGACAGCAGAGAGUCGGGGAUCAAGAUCAUCAGGAAACUGAUCCCACAGCGGCCCGUGGUAUUGCAGAUCCAACAUGAACUGGUUGACCAGGACAGAAACCUAAUUGACACCACGGCGGGCGCAACCGUCAACGAGGAGAUCAAGAGGCUGGAGGCACAGUAUCAGCAACAGCUGCGGGAGAUCCAGCGAGAAAUGGCCGAGGCACUGAAGACCAGCGACCUGGAACACCAGCAAGCGUUGGAAGAAACCAAGGCGACCAUCGAGUUCCUCCGCGAACAAACCCGGCAGGCCCGCGACAUCCUCAACUAUGAACGCCGCAACAUGGACCGCCGCCACGAGAACGAGAUGCAGAGCCUGCAGAAUGCGCUGCAGGACACGCGCAUGGCGCUGGACAACCAGCGCCGCCGCGCCCAGGCCGAGGCGGCCGCCCAACGGUAUGAAGACCAAAUGCGCUUCGAGCAGAUAGUGACCCAGCUCAAGGAGAACAUGACCAAGUUGCGCCAAGAGGACCAGAAGCUCAUCGAGGAGGCCAUCGCCAACGCCCAAAAGGAGCACGACAAACUCCCCGCGAAAGGCAGGAAGAGAGAUAUGGGCAAGAAGCUGUUGCUAGGCCUGUUGCCCCUGGUCGGGAACGUCGUCAUGGCAGCCAUGGGCUUCGGCUUUAUAGGGAACCCCUUUGCUGGAAUCACGCAGCAAUAA